AUGCGGUUGGUUGAAGAACAACGAAAAGAGUUUUAUUAUUUUAUUUCCGUUAUUUAUCUAUCUAAUCAUAUCUUCUUGAUCUAUCUAUCUAUCUAUCUAUCUAUCUAUCUAAUACGCGUUUCUUUCAAGACAUCUGUACUUCGUUUCCUUUUUCUAUUUCUACUAACUUUCUUUUUCUCUCUUUUUUUCCCUUUCAUUAUCCUUUUAUCUUCUCUCUCAGUUUUAUCUUUCUCUGUUAUAUUUUUCACCCUCUCUUUCCUUCACUUUUUCUCCUCCAGCCCCUCACUCUAUCGAACAUAUUUUCUUUGUUUCUUUCUUUUCUCUCCAUCUCUCUUUCAAAAUUUACUUUCUUUCUAUCUUUUCCCCUUGACGGCUAACUUACUUAUUUUUCUCUUCAGAGAUCUCUACCUUUUUAUUUUCCCCUUCCUCUCUCUCGAUAACCUUUCUUUCUCUCUUUUCCUCUCGCUCGUUAACUUACUUUUUACUGUAUCUUUUCUUCUCUUUGAAAACAUUUUCUUUCUUAUCCCUCACUCUCACAUUUCUUCUCACUUUCUCUCUUUCUUUCAAUAUACAUUCUUUCUCUUUUUCACUGUUAUUUAUUCUCACUAUUAUAUAUUUAAUCUAUCUAUAUUUUUCUUUUCUCCCCUUCUCCUUAGCACUUUUUAUCUUUUCUUUUUUUCUUCCACUCUCUUUUCUUGCUGUAUUUUCUUUUCACCCUCCUUCACUUUUAUUCUUUUCGUUCACAUUAAAAUUAUCUUUCAUCUUCCUUCCUUAUUUUUACUCUAA